AUGGUGGCCUUCUUUUCGCCUCGCCGUAUAGGCAAGCGUCUGAUUCUUGUCUUGGCGGUUGCCCUGACCGGAAGCUUCUUCCUGUCCCAGAUCCUCUUGACCUUCUCAUCCUCGACUUCAUCCUCCAUUGAGCAAUCGCCAUGGAUAUCCGGCUGGUUCCGUCAGGAUUGGGCGCGCAGGAAGGAGAGGUUCCCCGUGGACAAGUCUUUAAUGGUUCGACUGCCAUCGGGGCCUCCACGACGCCUGCCGCGGGUGCAGCACAAGUUUACAGCCCCUGACGCAGAGUUUCGGAAACUGCAGGCGAGCAGACAGGCGGCCGUGAAGCAGGCCUUUGAAAAGUCAUGGGCCAGCUAUCGACAAUACGCCUGGGGUUACGAUGAGCUGCGCCCCAUGACGCUCGAAGGUCAUAAUAGCUUUGCCGGCUGGGGAGCCACUCUCGUUGACAGUCUCGACUCUCUUUGGAUCAUGGGAAUGAAGGAUGAUUUUGCCGAGGCCGUGGAGGCAGUCAAAAAAAUCAACUGGUCCAAGGCGAGCGGUCCCAUGUGUUCACUCUUCGAAACCAACAUCCGCUACCUUGGCGGGUUGCUUUCGGCCUAUGAUCUGAGCCAAGAAAAAGUGCUGCUUGACAAGGCCGUAGAGCUGGCACAUAUGCUAUACGCGGCGUUUGACAAUGAGUACAGACUGCCAGUGAACGCCUUCUUUUUUUCAGACGCGUGGAAUGGAAACCUUCAGCUCUCGUACAGGGAAGUGGCCGCGGCAGUCGGUUCCAUGUCCCUCGAAUUCACCAGAGUCGCCCAGCUUACGGGUGAACCAAAGUUCUACGACGCCAUUGACAGAAUCAAGGUUCUCUUGAGCAACUCCCAAAAUGAGACACGUAUACCUGGGUUGUGGCCCAUGUCCUUUGAUUUGCACGACGGCUUCGACGCAAUGGAUACCAUAUUCACACUCGGCGCGCAAGCGGACUCACUGUAUGAAUAUCUGCCAAAGAUGUACGCCCUGCUCGGUGGCCUGGACCAGACGUAUGCAACCAUGCACAAUACUGCAAUGGAUGCAGCCGAGAAGCACAUACUCUUCCGACCCAUGAUACCUGACAAGAACAUAGACAUUUUGUUCUCUGGAAACCUUCGAGCCUAUGUCUCUGCCGGCGAUGUCCAGAUGACACCUGAAAUUCAACAUCUUGGCUGCUUCACCGGCGGUAUGUACGCACUCGGAGGCCGUCUGCUUGAAAAUGACAGCCACGUCGAGCUGGGCAAGCAGCUGGCUCGCGGCUGUGCUUGGGCAUACAAGGCCACCGUCUCUGGCAUCAUGCCUGAGGUUGCAUCCAUGGUGGCAUGCGAGGAGCCCAAACUGGCCAAGUGUAAAUGGAACAAGUCCAUCUUCGAGGCCAAAGGUGGCAAGUACCGGAAAGAAGGAAUGCCCCCGGCAUUCGCGAGCAUCACUGACUACCGGUACAUACUGAGACCCGAGGCCAUUGAGAGCGUCUUUGUCCUCUAUCGCAUCACGGGCGACCGGGAAUGGCUGGACUGGGCCUGGGCAAUGUUCGAGUCGAUUAAAAAGGCCACCGAGACCGAGAAGGCAUUUUCAGCAAUUGCGAAUGUAGCCGGUGUCACAGGCCUCACAGCCGCGACCCGGCUCCAAGAAGCUGGGCACGCCGUGACCAUCAUCGCGCGCGACUUCCCCGCGCCCUCGGAGACCAUUGAUCCGAAAACGCAGAUCAACUACACGUCGCCGUGGGGCGGCGCCCACAACCGCUGGGUUCCCCCGCCGGCGGCGGCCGGCCCAGGCCGCGGUGGCAGCGACGCCACGCUGGAGCGCGACCACGGCUUCGCGCUCCAGACGUUUACGCACAUGGAGGGCGUGGCGGCCCGCCACCCCGAGGCGGGCGUCACGUUCCUCCCGGGCAUCGAGUACCUAGACGACCCCGGCAAGGCCGAGGGCGGCGGCGGGGACGGCGGGGCCCUGACGGUCGCCAGGGCCGCGGAGCUGGGCAUCCAGGGGUUCGAGGUCCUGGACCGGUCCGAACUGCCGGCUGGUGUCGCGUGGGGCUGCAGGUAUAGGACGUGGUGCGUCAGUCCCAUGGUUUACCUGUCGUUUCUGAUGCGUAGGAUCGUCUUGCGGGGCGGCAAGGUCGUCAGGAGGGAGCUGAGGGAUCCGCGGGAGGUGUGGGCCCUGGAGAGCGAGCUGGGGAGCGUCGACGCCGUCGUCAACUGCUCCGGGUACGGCUUCGGCGACCCAGCUGUUUUUGUGACCCGGGGACAAACCUGCAUCGUUUCAAACCCAUGCCCGGCAACGGUCACCAGGCAAUGCGCAGACGGAUCAUGGACCUUUUGCGUGCCUCGCGGCUUCGACGGCGGUACCGUCAUCGGGGGCACCAAGCAGCCCGACGACUGGGACCCUAACCCCUCAUCCGCCGUCAGGGCUGAGCUGCUGGCCAAGUUUGCCGCCACGUACCCCGAGAUAGGCGAGUUGAAGCCCAUCGUCGACAUUGUCGGGAGGAGACCGACGAGGAAAGGCGGGGCAAGGCUGGAGGUGGAAAAGGCUGGCCCGGGUAAGAUGCUGGUGCAUGCGUACGGCCUCGGCGGCAGGGGCUAUGAGCUUUCGUGGGGGGUCGGCGGGAGAGUGGUCGAGCUGGUCGACCAGGCGCUAGCGCAGCUUGGCCGGACGCGAGCAAAGAUAUAA